UCUUCACACUUGACUGCAGUCACGACCUUUCUCUCUUCUCUCAUUCAGAAAAAAAGAAAGGGGAGAAAUGAGAAUGAAACGGAAGUUGGAACCCUAACUCCACUACUCCAGUCCAGUCGAUUCCUGAUUCCUCAAUUGAUCAAUUGGAACUCAAUCUUCAGGGGUCAAUAGUGGCCAUAUUUUGAAGUCUUGAGUUGAUGCAGAAUGGCUGCAACCAGGAGUCGAGUUAGUAGCUUUUCUCGGAAUGUGUCAACUGCAACAUCUCAGAAUCCGGGGCUCAAGCAUGGCCCUAACGGGACCACGUUCAUCUCAUCCGGGAUUCCGGAUCUUGACAAGAUUUUAGGUGGUGGUUUUUCCCUCGGUAGCCUUGUCAUGAUUAUGGAAGAUGCUGAGGCACCGCAUCAUAUGCUUCUAUUGAGAAAUUUUAUGUCUCAAGGACUUGUACACAGACAGCCACUCUUGUAUGCUAGUGCAUCUAGAGACCCUAAAGGAUUUCUCGGCACUUUGCCUAGUCCAGGGUCAUCCAAAGAGGAUAAAUCUCGGGAUCUUGGCCAUGAAAAGGAUCUGAGAAUUGCUUGGCAGUACAAGAAGUACUUUGGUGAGCCUCAGCUAAAUGUCAACUCUAAUAAUGGUGGUCAGCACGAUUACUGCAAUGAUUUUGACUUGCGAAAGCCCUUGGAUAGGCAUUUUUUUGGUGGCAUGAAUGUAGAUUGUGUUAGCUUCCAAGAUUCUCCAAACCUUGCUACUCUUCAAGAUCGUUGUGCUGGAUUUCUCGCUCAAUGCUCAAGAAAUGAAGGCGGCACUUCCCCUGCUGGUCGUAUUGCAAUUCAAUCAUUCUGUUCUCCACAGUGUAAAUAUGCAAACAAUGAGUGGCAUAUUCUUUCCUUUAUUAGGUCACUGAGAGGCAUGGCCCGUUCUUCAAAUGCUGUUGUUGUUGUAACAUUUCCACCUUCACUUCUAUCUCCAUCUUGUUCAAAAAGAUUGCAGCAUAUGGCGGACACCUUGCUAUCUGUCAAAGCAAUUCCAGAUGAAGACAAGGAACUGGCGAAACUCCUAACUGGUUACCAAGACAUGGUUGGGUUUUUAAAUGUACAUAAAGUUGCACGGUUAAAUACACAGGUUCCUGUGAUUCUUGAGGCCACAACAUUCUCAAUAAAGUUACAGAGACGAAGGUUUUUGGUUUUAGAUUGUCUAAACCAAGCCCCAGUUGACGGUUCAAGCGGGAGUUCGUAUGGCACAUUGGGUGGCUGUUCUGGGUCAACUAAAGCUGGGUCACUUGAUUUUUAGAUUAUACCUUGUUUAUCACUUAAAAUUGCACCACCCCAGCAAUAGUCUUAGCUCGUGAAAUGUAUUCUUUUACUAGCAUUUUUGUUGUUCCUUUCUCUUUGUUCUUUUCAUAAUCAGCAUGUUUUACCAUUGAUUCAUCUCCAAUGUAUAGAUACGUUCUUUAAAAGAGAGCAUAUAUGAAGCAGUGAUUCUUACACGA